AUGGGUGUCUGCUUGUCAUAUAGUCAAACGUUUAGGUAUGUGGAAAACGCUGCAAAGGCAAUAGAGCAGAACAGAGAGCUUCAACAUGGAGACUGGAUCGUUGCCUAUGGCAACAUAAAUAUUGAGAAACGUGUCACCCAUGAGAGACAUGCCAGACAUACAGAGGCAUGGAACUUCACGAGCCGUUUGGCUGUCAAAGUAGCCAGACUUCCCCCACCUGAUUACAACACAACAGAAUUACCACAAUGCACUCGAGGAGAUUUAGCUGUGGAAGACAUUCUACCGAAUGAUGAUGACGACAAAACAUUUCACGAAUCUGCUCAGACAAGAGUUCAGAAGGUACUCAUACACAGGUUCAAAUGCUGCAAUCACCUUAAAGCAAGACAUCAAUAUGACAACCAUGACCACCCAACAACAAAAUCUAUUAUCCACCCUAUUGCAGUGAUAGACAUAGAUGAAAGUUACACUGACAAUAAUGUUACUAUUCUUGAAGAAUUUCAAAAAAUGCUGGUGAUAGAUGACACUGUUCAACAAUGUGUUGUCGGUGACCAAGCGACUUGCAGGGCAAUUCGUGCAGCUCGGCGUAGAAGGGUAGCAGAUAUUCCUUCAGCACGCCUCCUAUGGGCGAAAGAGAAUCCUGGUGAUUUCCACUUCGCAUGGGAGUGCCUAAAAGUCAUCUUCCUCAUAUUUUGGGAGUCACAUGAUUUUCCUGGCUCAUUGGCUCAUCUCAGCAAACUGAUCAACCGAAGUGGAGUCACCGCUGCUGCAAAAAAAUUUCAACAAUCCGAUGAGUUCCUCAAACAUGCAUUAGAAGCACAUCUGACUGCAUCCCUCAUCACCUUUCUCAAUAUAUCUGCUACCUCAGAUUUAAUUGUACAAGAUGCAACCAUUAUAACGAACGCAUGGCUAAACGAAACAGCAGAGAGAUUCGCCAAUGACGUGCUAGUUAUAGGAACAGAUGAAGAUGACCAUGAUGCAGACAACCUGUAUAAUUUCCAUCGUUCUUUUCUGCGCAUGGCCCUCCUUUAUGAAGAUUUGAGGGAAGCCAUCAAGUACGAAGAUGGCCCAAGAGUUAUCCAACAUUGGCGAAUGUGGUUACUGUACUUCCUCGCAACAAAGAGAAGCAACUACAGCAAUGAAGCAGCAAAUCUCUUAGCCAAUCUGAAGGCUGACUUUUCCAAGAGGCUUGCUUACAUAGUAACUCACAACAGAGCUGUUAAUUCUCUGGGCAUACCUGGUCAUGGGAAAGCAAUAGACAUGGCAGUAGAACACCACAAUCUUGUCAUCAAAACAGCUUUACGAUCUUCUGGUGGCAGUAUCACCCUCCAUCAUUUAAGAGUAAUAAGCUUAGCAUCUCAGCUAUUACAUGAUGCUGCUCUGUUAUGCGAUCAGGAAGUUCAUGCUCCUCAUGUAGGUACAAGGCAUACAAGUACAAGUGCUGACAAAGACAUCCAAAUGAUGACAUCCAAUCUAUUGGCCAGUCAAGUCACUUGUCGGAUUCCCAAAAGAAAGUUGCCAUCUAACAGACAUUUCACAACACCAGAGAAAAAAGGAUAUGAAGUUGCCUUAUCCAAGCAAUGGAUUGCAAAGUUCCUAACCUAA